AUGGGCAACUGCAAUUUUCGAACCGAAAACACUGAUCCUACAAUAUGUAAGCCCUAAUCAGCUCUCAACCAUCAUCAAUUUCAGUUUCACUACCCAAUUGGCAAAGGAGGCUUUGGCAAAGUUUGGCGUGUUGUACACAAAAAAACAAAAGUUUCAUACGCAAUGAAAGAAAUGCAAAAAAGGCGAAUUAUAUCUAAAAAAAGCGUUCAUUCAGUAAUGAACGAAAGAAGGCUGCUUGCUAUAUUGCGUCAUCCAUUUAUCGUUAAUAUGAGGUUUGCUUUCCAAGACCGAGAAAACUUGUACUUAGCCAUGGAUUUGAUGCCUGGAGGCGAUCUGCGCUUUCAUUUGGGACGGCAAAGGAGGUUUACAGAGGAGCAGACACGUUUUUUUGUAGCUUGCAUUUUGAGUGGACUUGAAUAUCUUCAUAUGAAUGGAAUUAUUCAUAGAGACAUCAAGCCAGAAAAUCUAGUUUUAGAUGAUAAAGGAUAUGUUAGACUUACUGACUUUGGGAUUGCGAGAAUUUGGCAGCCUGAAAAUGGAAAUGAAACUUCAGGAACCCCAGGGUAUAUGGCGCCUGAAGUGAUUUGUAGGCAGAACCAUAAUAUUCAAGCUGAUUAUUUUGCAGUUGGAGUUAUAGUUUAUGAGUUCAUGCUAGGACGAAGACCAUAUCAAGGGAGAAAUAGAAAAGAAAUAAGGGAUGCCAUUUUGGCAAAACAGGUACAAAUAAGGAAGCCAGAUAUCCCUGAAGGAUGGUCGGUAGAAGCGGCAGAUUUUGCAAAUAAACUGUUGCAAAGAAAACCUCAACAAAGAUUAGGGCUAAACGGCCCUAGUGAAGUAAAAUCUCAUGCAUGGCUUAGAAACGUAAGCUGGCAAAAAAUAUUUGAAAAAUCCCAAACGUCACCUUUUAUAAUAAGCUGUAUAAUUUUCUUAUGGUCUUGACACACCAAAAAUAUUUUCAGCUUGUUAAACCUAUAUAUUUAGCUUUAUUAGCUUAUAUAAUUCUGACAUUGCCAGCCCAAUAAGGAAGCAAUGCAAACAAUUAUAUUCCAUCCCUAGAAAAUAACUUUGAUAGCAAACAAGUAAUGAAUGAGUGAAAAGACGAAGCUGAGCUUGCAGAAGUCAAGGAGUCUUCAAUGCAAGACUUAUUUGUUGGCUAUUUCUUCGAUGCCACCCUACAGCCUGAUAACAAUAAUAUCACUCAGCCAAAGGAGCAGGCAUUGAAGAAUUAA